AUGUCUCUGCAAUACUUCCAAGGCGACGAUGCCACUGUGCCUCUCAGCAUCGUCAAGCAACGGUCCGACGCAGCUUCGAACCUGUACUUACUCUUCUUGAAUGGAGCUUUUGGUUUCUUCAUAUUCUAUCUGCCUGUCUGCACGGCUUAUACUAUCCUAGUCGGUGCUUGCGUCGGUGUCGGUGUCGGUGUCGGUGUCGGUGUCGGUGCCGAACAAGCCAACAUAGCCGUUCAGACAAUCCUCUCCAAAGAAAAACUUGCCAAGGAGCUCUCUGAGAACCUGGGUGGUUCCGUCUUUUCGAAUAUUGACGCCGACGGCGGAGCAAAUCAGAUCAAGGACAAUCUGCAAAAGAAAUUUGGAAACGGUACCACCAUAUGCCAGAAUGCUUUGGACAAGGUCAACACUUCCAUGACAAGUACAUUCAUGCUAGCCAUCAUCCUGGCCGCGAUCUCAUUCCUGUUUGCAAUUCUCUGGGAGUGA